AAUUUCAAUUUACUGUUCAUUUUCUGCAAGAACUAUAAGUACUAUUUCAGUGUCUUACAACUAGUAAUUUAAUUUGUUAGUCUAAUAGUAAUUUUUAAUUAUGGCUGCAUAAACCAAUCAUUAAUAAUUGAAAUUGGUACGAUUUAGUUUCUGAAAACCACGAAAUAAAUAGUGAUAAUUAAAAUUUAUUUUUACUUAACCUUUUGGCAGUUAUAAAACUAAACGAUUUAAAUUUAAAAUUCUUCCAGAUAAUUAUUAUGUAUUUUAUAGAAAAUAAAUUAUGAAUAUAAACAUGUGAUCAAAGACUGUUUAUUAAGCUCCGUUCUAUUAAUGUGUUCAGUGUAAUAAGAAAGUAUAUUAUUUUUAGAAUGCUACUGUAGUUGUGUUACCAUAAGGUGAAAAAAUUAUUAAUUUACAUUACAGUAGCUCAUUCGUUAAAUGUGAAAUUAGUCAGUUUAAAGAAAAUGGUGAUAAAGAUAUUACGUGAAUAUAAACUUUGAAGACACGAUCAUAGAAGCAAAAAAUCAAGUAUAUUUCAUGGUAUUUCGACAGAUGAGAGAAUAAUAAAUUUCAAUGUCAAAAGUCACAUUUCUUCCUGAGGUUAAAGAAGUUUACGAUUCAAUGAUGUAAUUUGGUAAUAAUUCAAAAAAUAACAAAUUUAAAUUUACCACCAUUUAAAUUCAAAAAAAAAAAAUGUUUAAAUAAUUGUAGAUAUACCUUUUCCAAAUAAUAAGGUAGUAUGAGUUUCACAAUAUCUUUAUUAAAUAAAAUUACUAACAGAUGCCGUUUAAAAUUUACCAAGGCUUAUUCAACAAAACCAAAUCAUUAUAAUUCAUUAGGUAUUUCUCCAAAAUCAACUCAAAACGAGAUUAAAACAGCUUAUUACAAAUUGUCCAUGAUAUAUCAUCCUGACAAGAAUAAGGACGAAGCUUCUUUACAAAAAUUUAGGAAUAUCACUGAAGCUUAUGAAGUUCUAGGAAAUGUAACUACUAGGAAAAUGUAUGAUAAAGGUCUCCACUUUGGAAGCUCACCAGUAAGUGAUUAUAAUAGCUUUUAUAAACCUAGAGAAGGACCUAGAAAUAAACCACCACCUCCUGAUGGACGUACUCCAAUUUAUGACUUUGAUGAAUGGUCCAAGAGUCAUUAUGGUGCAACUUUUCAUCGCCAAAUGGAAAACCGACGACGUAGACAUGAAUAUCAACACUUUCGACAAAAAACCUUAAAUGAUCAAAAGCUGGAACGAGUAGUUUUCUUCCUAAUGGCAAUGAUUCUAAUAUGUACGGUUUACGUAAAUAGAAAAAAUUAUGAUCAAGUUGUAAUGAGAAAACAGAGUACAGAUUAAUGUUACUGUGAUACAAGUUGUUUAAAUGUUUAUUAAAUUAUUUCUGUUUAUUUAAA